AUGAGCAAGGCUAAGGCGGUUAGUACUCCACUUGGAGGACAUUUCAAGUUGAGUGUGAAGCAUUGUCCUACAAGUGAUGAAGAGAAAGAAGCAAUGGAGAAUGUGCCUUAUGCAUCAGUUGUUGGAAGCUUGAUGUAUGCCAUGGUUUGCACAAGGUCGGAUAUUGCUCACGUCGUUGGGAUUGUUAGUCGGUUUCUUUCCAAUCCGGGGAAAGAACAUUGGAGAGCAGUGAAGUGGAUUCUUCGCUACUUGAGAGGUGAUGUGGACUCUAGAAAGUCGACUUCUGGUUACAUGAUGACUUUUGCAGGUGCUACAGUUUUAUGGCAAUCUAAACUGCAAAAAUGUGUUGCAUUAUCAACAACAGAAGCCGAAUACAUAGCUGUGACAGAAGCUUGCAAAGAGAUGUUAUGGUUGAAGAAGUUUCUUCAAGAGUUGGGCAUUAAGCAAGAGAGGUAUGUGCUCUAUUGUGAUAGUCAAAGUGCAAUUCAUCUUUGCCAGAAUCCAACUUUCCACUCAAGGUCGAAACAUUGGAUUCGUGAUGUUUUGGAAGAGAAGUUGUUGGAGCUCAACAAAGUGCAUACGGAUGACAAUGGUUCGGACAUGAUGACUAAGUCUCUACCAAGUGGAAAACAUAUCUUCUGUCGAGAUGAAGCAGGUUUGGUACUACCCCCCAUAUGA